AUAACCAAUAUAGAUAGAGUCGCGAAUAAAUAGUUAAAAUCUCUUUUUUACCGAACAAAUUUCCAUGAAAAGUGCGUAGUAAUCGACGUUUUCCAUCGUAGUGCCGUGAUAUUCGAAGAAAAACUUUAGCAAAAUGCGAUUCAAGUAGUUUGACGACGAUUCACAACACACGGCGCACUAUCGACAAAUAAUUUUGCGUGCUCGUCGGUGUGCAUGUCUUUCUCACGCAGAAAACAAGGAAAAAAGCAAAGAAGAAGUAGUAAACAAGACGUAAAAAAACUCACAUCAGCAUCAAAAAAUAAAAUCAACAGAGGAAAAUUCGAAAAAGUUGCCUAACGAGACAUAGUGAACAACAUGACUGAGUCACAACUUACGAGCAUGUCGGUCAUCACUAUGUCUGGAGCGAAUCGCCUACGACAAUUAGACUCGUUGAUGGUCGAUAACGGCACGCCUUUGGCUCACCUCACAAAGUUGACGGAAUUACUGCCAUCCGGGAAAUUCUUGUCGAUUGAAACGUUGCUCGAUUGUUUGAUGGUUCUCUAUGACGAGUGUUGCAAUUCGUCGCUAAGGAGGGAGAAAACUGUCUCAGAUUUCAUUGAAUUAAUAAAAAACAUCGUCAUCACAGUAAAACAAUUGCGCCUCACACGCGAUGACUUCGAAGUGUUAAAAGUAAUAGGACGCGGCGCGUUCGGCGAAGUAUGCGUCGUACGCAUGAACAACACGAACCAAGUAUUUGCCAUGAAAAUCCUCAACAAAUGGGAGAUGUUAAAGCGCGCCGAAACCGCCUGUUUUCGCGAAGAACGUGACGUUCUCGUGUUCGGCGAUCGUCGAUGGAUCACAAAUCUCCAUUUUGCCUUUCAAGACGACACGAACCUGUAUUUAGUGAUGGAUUACUAUUGCGGCGGCGAUUUAUUGACGCUCCUGAGCAAAUUCGAGGAUCGCCUGCCCGAAGACAUGGCUCGCUUUUACAUUGCCGAAAUGGUUUUGGCUAUCGACAGUAUUCAUCAGUUGCGUUAUGUGCAUCGCGAUAUAAAACCGGAUAACAUUGUGCUCGAUGCAAGUGGGCAUAUUCGAUUAGCUGACUUUGGAUCGUGUUUAAAGCUCGGUCCGCAUGGAAUGGUUCAGUCGAAUGUCGCUGUAGGCACGCCAGAUUACAUUUCACCCGAGAUUUUAAGGGCAAUGGAAGACGGGCAAGGGAAAUAUGGCCCGGAAUGCGAUUGGUGGUCCCUUGGCGUGUGCAUGUACGAGAUGUUGUAUGGCGAAACGCCCUUUUAUGCAGAAAGUUUGGUCGAAACAUACGGAAAAAUUAUGAAUCACAAGAAUUCGUUCGAUUUUCCGAAUGACGAUCCCGAUUUCACGGUCAGCGAUAACGCGAAAGAUCUGAUAAAACGCCUCAUUUGCGCUCCGGAGUUUCGUCUCGGGCAAAAUGGCAUCCUGGAUUUCAAGAAACAUCCGUGGUUCGAGGGAAUCGAUUGGGAUACGCUGCGUUUGGGACAAGCGCCAUACAUACCCGAAGUCUCUAGUCCAACAGAUACGUCGAAUUUUGACGUAGAUGACAACGAUAUUCGUCUCUCCGACGCCGUACCUCCGAUUGCGAACUCAGCAUUUACGGGACAUCAUCUCCCAUUCAUCGGUUUCACCUUCACCCAAGGCAGUUGCAUGUCAGAUUGCGGCAGAAUCUUCCGAGAAUUCGUCUCGAGCGAAAGUUCUCCCUCGAUUUUGAACAACGGAACAAAAUCCGCUUCUUCCAUCAUCAGCGAAGAAAAACGCUUGAGUCCUGAUAGCACACGAAAGUUGCAAGAAGAGAUAAAUAUCUUGACAAAAAGAAACUGCGAACUCGAAAAUCACAUAAAAAGUAUUGAAAAAGGCGAUGUUCAAAGAGGAUUUGGCAGUGACACGAUCGACGGGGCAGUUGAAGCGAAAAUUCGCGAAAUGGAAAAGACAAUUCGAAUUUUGAAGGCGGAAAAGGAAGAUUUGGCAAAGGAAAAGCAAGAUGGACUUGAACGUUUGAAGAUACAGGAGAAAGAACUCAAAGAUGCGAUCGCCCAACGAAAAUUAGCAAUGGAUGAAUAUACCGAGGUUACGGAUAAAUUGUCGGAUUUGCGAACGCAAAAGCAGAAAUUGUCACGACAAGUGAGAGAUAAGGAGGAAGAACUCGAAAUGGCGAUGCAAAAAGUUGACACGCUGAGAAAUGACAUUCGAAAGUACGAGAAAUCUCGUAGAGAAUUGGAAUCUCGUUUGGAGGAUGCGUUAACGGAAGCUAAUAAGGAACGCCAAAUCCGUGAAAGAUCUGAAGAAUAUUGCCGUCAAUUGCAAACUGAAGCCCGUUCUCGCAGCUCAUCCGAUCUCGGAUCAUCCCAAAGUCUCGGCAUGUCAACUGCAGAUUCCUUCCGUCUCGAACUCGAACGUCUCGAGGUCGAAUACACCGAAAAACUGAACUCGCAACAAUCCCGUUUCAACGUUGAACUUGCCUCCCUGCGUGAACAACUCAACGAAGGCGAGACCCUAAAGGAGCUUUUACAAUUAGAACUCGCACAAUUACGCGAAAAAUUAGAUGCUAGUCGCUUGGAGUCGUUCACCGAUAACGAGGAAACAAUUUUGGAGCUGCGAAAGCGACACGAACGCGAAAAGAAAAUGUUGCUCGACGAUAAUCGCAAGUUAAUUAGCGAAUUGGAGAUGUUGAGCGAAAGUAAUCGUCGCAUGCAGGCGGAGAAGAUGCAAGCUGACAGCGAUUACGAAGAGUUGCGCACGAAGCGACAAGCGAUUAGUCAAUGGGAACGACAAAUUCAGGAAAUUAUUCAAUGGGUGUCGGAUGAAAAGGAUGCUCGUGGCUAUUUGCAGGCAUUAGCUACGAAAAUGACUGAGGAGAUUGAUUAUUUGAAACAUUCAGGUUCUCUGAAUACAAAUAAUACAGACAAAAAUUGGCGCAAUCGUCGAUCACAAAAACUCGACAAAAUGGAGUUGCUCAAUUUGCAGAGCUCGUUACAGAGCGAAAUUCAAGCCAAAGCUGCUAUUUCUGAGGAAUUGAGUCGUACUCGUGCUGAGUUGGUCGCGUCACAAAAAGACCUUCGUGAAACAAGAGCACGAUUCGAAUCCAUCGGCAGCGACUUGAAACGCAAAGACAUGCAAAUUAAGGAGUUACAGCAACGUCUUGAGUCAGCAGAAGGAUCACGCAGUUCAGGAAAAUCGCUCAACGCUUGGCUAACAAAAACAUUAAACGUUUUGGAGAGACCCUCAUCGCAAAUGUCCUACUUGGAUCACUUUUUGAAGGAAACGGGCGGCGGCGGCACCGGUUCGAAUGCAUCGACGCACACAGCAUCCACGCUGGCAGCCAAUUUGCCAUCGAGUCACAAUCCAACAUCUACGAGUUCAUCGUCGAACAAUAUUUUGAUGUCGUCACCGCAAAGCCAGCACAAUCAAAGUGUAUCGUCGUUGCAGCGACAACAGCAAAUCGAGCAACAGCAAGCGCAGCAGCAACCGCCUCAGCACAUCUACAGUAAUCAACAACUUUUAUUGCAUCACAGCAACUAUUCGAUGGAAAGUGAGGAGGGCGACAUUGAGGACAAUCGCCCGCCAAGCUUGAAUAGCUCCAAGAGUAAUUUGACGGAAAAUUCCAUGGAUCAUCAUAGUAUUCAUAGUGCGGCGAUGCGCGGCAAAAUUACACCCAGUUUACAAAAAGUUCAUCAAUUUCUCGUGCGCACCUUCUCGAGUCCGACAAAGUGCAAUCAUUGUACAUCAUUAAUGGUUGGUCUAACGCGACAAGGCGUCGUUUGUGAGUUGUGUGGCUUUGCGUGUCACAUGACGUGCUGCUCGAAGGUUCCUACGCAGUGUCCUGUGCCGUCAGAUCAGACGAAGCGUCCCCUUGGUAUAGAUCCGACACGCGGAAUCGGAACAGCGUAUGAGGGAUAUGUCAAAGUUCCCAAAUUAGGCGCCGUGAAACGCGGAUGGAUACGUCAAUUUGUUGUUGUUUGUGAUUUUAAGCUGUUUCUGUAUGACAUAACGGCAGAACGAAGUGCUUUACCCACAGUUCACGUGGCGCAAGUGCUCGACAUGAGAGAUCCCGAAUUCGCUGUGUCUGGCGUUCGUGAGAGCGACGUCAUUCAUGCAGCCAAAAAAGAUGUACCUUGUAUAUUUAGGAUAACGACAUCAUUGUUGGAGGGAGGUCCGUCGUUGCACACACUCAUGCUGGCUGACACGGAAUCCGAAAAAGCCAAAUGGGUUGUGGCACUAAGUGAAUUACAUCGCAUACUAAAGCGAAACAAUUUGCCAAAUACCGCAAUUUUCCGUAUCAAGGAGACGCUCGACAGCACCGUGACACUCAUACGGAACGCCAUGAGUGCAUUAAUCAUUGAUCCCGAUAGAAUUUUGCUCGGCACGGAAGAUGGGUUGUAUUGCAUGGAGCUCGAUCGAUGCGAAAUGGCCCGAAUUGGCGAAUCGAAGAAGAUAAUUCAAUUGUGGCAUAUUCCCGAGGAGCAGCUUUUUGUCAUUUUGUGCGGCAAGCAGCGACACAUUCGACUUUUGCCGAUUCGCGCCUUGGAGCAAGCCGAUGUCGAAUGGAUCAAGGUAGCGGAGUCGAAAAAUUGCAUUACCGCGUGCACGGGCAUCAUUCGACGCGUGCCGCAAAACAUUUAUUGCAUCGUUAUCGCACUCAAGCGGCAAAAUACCUCGCAAAUUGUCGUGUACGAGGUGAAUCGCAACAAAAGUCGACACCACAAAAUGUGCGAAUUUACUGUGGCUUAUCCCGUGCAAAGUUUGCAGCUGCUGUCAGAUACGCGCUUAGCUGUUGGUCAUCAAUGCGGAUUUACUGCCUAUUUCUUACAGGGAGAGGCGCAAGCUAUGCCUUUAGUUCAUCCAGAAAAUCAAUUAAACACAUUUUUGGCUUAUUCGGGCGUUGAUGCUUGGCGUGUCAUUGAAGUUCAACCUAGUCAACCAAAUGGUCAAGGUGAAUUCCUUUUAGUAUUUCAUACGCUGGCUAUUUACGUGGAUCAGGAAGGACGCAAGUCACGUGAUAGAGAAAUUAUGUAUCCCGCUGUACCGACACACAUAACUUAUUGCGACGGUCAUCUUCUAGUCUUUUCGGAAACCCAUCUCGACGUCUUCAAUACGCAGACUGCCGAAUGGGUGCAAUCAAUUGGUCUUAAACGAUCUCGUCCACUUAGUCUUAAUGGAAAUUUAGCGUUAAUUCAUCUUAAUGAAUCACCCGUAAUUGUUUAUUUAGCUAAUAUGCAUACAAGGGAGCUAUUAAAUACCUCAUUAUGUGAACGCGACGGAAGAGCAAAGCCAAAAAGACGAUUUUCCCUUCGUGAGGGCAACAGAACUGUACGAUCAAACACCGAUAGACGAUCGAAGAUGAUAUCCGCACCGACCAAUUUCAACCACAUAUCGCAUAUGGGCCCCGGAGAUGGCAUUCAGAAGCAAAGACUGCUAGAUUUACCUACAACUAUAGAGACUGCUGAUCAAGCAAAUUCACGAACUUCAAGCUUACGCCAUGCCCCAAUUCCUCCAAAGGCUCCUCCAAGACCAAUUAAUCCAUCAUAUAACGGAGCAAAACGCGUUGCGCCAUCAAGACCACGUGAACAACCGCCAUCCCUUCCGAGAUCCCCAAGUCCUUUGGGAAGCAUGUCUUCAUUACAUGACGUUCUAAAAGUCGUCGACAUGCACUCCGAAUCUCGUCAAAGCGUGGCAAGCAAUAAUUCGAGCUCCGUAUCAACUCCGCCGUCUCCCGCAGCAGGAGAUAGAUUAAGUUCAAGUUACGAUUCGUAAACUGAAAAAAUACGUAAAAAAAAUUUUUACAUAAAAAAAUUAAGCAAGUGCAAUAUUUAUAAAUGUCGCUUUUUUCUCAACCAUGCAAUGAACUGGAAUGGACAUUUUAUUUUAGGAAAUUGCUUGCUUUUUAACACAAAACCACACCUAAACACAAAAAAAAUCAAUUAUUAGAAGUCAAUACAAAAAAAAAAUGAACCAGAAGAAAUAUUUAAAAAAAAUAAUCAAAAAAUGUGAUUUUAAAAAAUAUUUCGAGAUUUUACCAGAUUUUUAUUUUAAUUUUAAUUAUAAAUAUAU